AGAAACCACGAUAUCACACUCUACCACUGAACUGUCAUUCGAUUGCAAGAAAUACUAACAAGAGUAAUCCGAUUCCGGCAAGCAUGCGGUCAAUUGUGUUUCUGGGGCUGGCGGUUCUCGUCUAUGGCAGUGAAAAUUCGCGGUAUCAGCUUCGAGUGCCGCCAAAUAAACGCGGCCUUUCACUGCCUUUUCCAUCGCAUGGAUCUUCUUCCUACUCAGCACACAUUCCCUCGAGUGUGAGUUCCGGGUAUAGUCUAGGAGGAUCAUCCGGUGGUUUCUCCCUUGGACAUGCUGGACUGAGCUUAGGCGGUUCCGUCGGUCACGGAAUCGCAUAUCAACCUUCAACCGGCGGUCUUGGAUCUGGAUAUAUUUCUUCAGACCAUAACUUGUUGAGUCUUCAGGGUGCCUCUCUGAACGGACACUCUGCUCAGAGCACGUACUCCGUGCCCAGCAUAGCCAGCAUCGGUUUAGGAAGUGGUGGAAAUAAUCUCAUCUUGUCGAAAACUGGCCCCGUCACCUUUGGAUCGCAGAGCAGCAGUGACGCCGCGAGCAGUUCGUAUUCCGGUUCCAGUUCAUAUUCUUCCGCGCCAGUUUACGCAUCCGCAGCUCAAGGACUUUCGGCUUAUAACAGCGGAGGAUCUUCCGUUCCCGUUGUACUGGGAUCGUCGCAUGGCUCCUCAUCAAGCUACAAUCUUCCUAUUUCCUCUAAUUCUUUACAUUCCGUGACUGGUGGCUUAGUUAUCUCCAGCGGCUCGCACGAUGACUCCUCCAGCUACAGCCUCCCAGCAUCUAAAUCCUCUUACGACAUCUCUGCUCUCAGUAGUUCUUCCGGUUCUCAUGGAGCAUCCUCUACAUAUUCUCUUCCGAUCUCCUCUGGAUCUCACGAAGUUUCCGCAUUAUCUUCCGGUUCUUCAUCAUCUAGUUAUUCCGCGCCGGUUUCUUCAGGAUCUUAUGGCUCUUCAAGCUCUCACGCCGGAUAUUCAACUUCGGCGUCAGACAGUUCCAAUUACGAGCAGCCAAUUUCUUCAGCAUCUUACUCAAACUCCGGAUCGUCCAGUCCCUCUUACGUAAAUUAUGUGCCGUCCCAUUCGUCCGGUAGUAGUUCUAGCUAUUCCAGUCCUAACGUCAUUUACGGAUCCCCGAGUUCCUCCAGUUCCUCCGGUUAUUCUGAUGCUGGUUCCAGUUACGCUGUUCAUAGCUCGAGCUACUCGAGUCCCAGUCACAGUUACUCCAACCCCGUCGUAACUUAUGCUAAAGCCUCCAGUUAUACGCCCACGUAUCUAAGUCCUUCCGGUUCGUACGGAACACCCGCGGGAUCUCACGGAGCUUAUUCCAGUGUCCAGAGUCCAAGAUAUUCAAGACUCGCCGCAGUAAAAUCGUAUGACAACGCGCAAUUGGAAAGCAAAAAGUACGACACGAUCUCGUACUCGACUCCUAACGGAAAAUAAAAUAAGUCGUUUUAUUUAUAAUUUCUAGGGCUUUUUGCACACCUCACGCAUAUGUUAAUGCUCUCGAGCUCGCUCUGAUAAAGCUUAUACUUAUAAUUAUGAAAUAUAUAUUAGAAUAAGUUAAGUAUCAAAAAAAUGAUCGCGAUUUAAAAUUGUCAACUGGCUUUAAUUUUAUGCUGACUAGAUCUUGCCAUGAGAAAUAGCAGUAAAUAUUUUCAGUUAUUAUUUAAGAUAGAUUAAAGGAUCUAUAUGCUCCAUAAUGAGAAUAAUAAUAGCUCAGGCACUCCAAAGAGUGUCUUGGAUAUAUUUAUAUUUAAAUUUUUUACCAGCACAUCUAUGGACAAAUUUAAUUUCCGUAAUCGUAUUUAAUACAAAUUGUUACAUAUUUAUAACAUUAGAAAAUAUUAUAGUCUUUUCUGUUAUAUAUCUCUUGUAUCAAUGAUAAUUGUGAUGUUUGUUGUCUAGUUUUAUAUCUCUUUUGUAAUAAAAAAAAGUUAAUUUUAA